UAUAGAUGUCACACUGCUGUGGGAACUUGGCACUAGGUGGGAAUCUGAUGUGUAGAAAGGAAGGGAAGGGUGCAUGAAGACACACACCUGUGUCAGGUGCCAUGAGGCUCUGCACUGAUCUGACUGGAAUUUGCCCCAGGAUUUGGCUCGCAGUCAGCAUGGGAGGGACUGGACAGCAUGGGUCCUCCUUUCAUCCAAAGCCCGGGAAGCCUGUCACCGCCCCCACCCUCAGCCCCAGUCCACCUUGAACACCUGCAGUGAGGUGCGAGAUUAGAAGAGUCAGCAAGCAGCUCCAGGUUCCAUGCUACAAGGAGCUGGCACGCAGGAUGGUCGAUAUCUUAGGAUAUAGCGUGCCUGGUACCAUUGCCUCCUUCUUCUUCAUCCUGCUCACGCUGAGACGGUCAGAUGACUUCCGAGUGAUGGGCUCUUCCCAUGUUCUUCUGGCCUUGGUGGGGGAAGAUGCCCUAUUAACCUGCCAGCGCCUUCCCAACGGGACUGCGGCACACACAGAGGUGCGGUGGUAUCGCUCAGAACCCAGCACACCCAUCAUUGCAUACGGGUAUGGAGCUGAGAUGAUUGAGGUGCAGAUGGAAGAGUACAGAGGCCGGGUGGAGUGGAUUGAUGAUGGCAUUGCAGAAGGGAGAGUGGCUCUGAAGAUACACAACAUCCGGCCUUCCGACAACGGGCAAUACUGGUGCCAUCUCCAAGAGGGCAGCCAUGCUGGUGAAGCAAGCCUGCUGCUCAAAGUGGCAGGCCUGGGGUCUGCCCCUCAAAUCCACAUGAACGGGUCUGUAGAAGGUGGAAUCCAGCUUGUGUGCACUGCAAAGGGCUGGUUCCCAGAGCCCCGUGUACGCUGGGAGGACAGUCAGGGAGAGCAGUUGCUGUCGCUGUCUGAGCACUACAUCCAAGAUGCCAAUGGCCUGUUCUAUGUGGAAGCCACCGUGUUGGUGCUGGGUGCCUCUCCAGAGUCUGCGUCCUGUAUCAUCCACAACCCUGUGGUCAGUGAGGAGAGGGUGGCCACCAUCACCCUUCCAGAGAAACUUCAGACUGAGAUGGCUUCUUUAAAGGUGAUUGGACCUUCCCAGCCUAUCCUUGUGAGGGUGGGAGAAGAUGUGGGGAUAACCUGUUACCUGUCCCCGAAGGCGAAUGCACAGAGGAUGGAGGUGAGGUGGGUCCGAUCCAGGCGCUACCCUGCAGUCCAUGUUUAUAUGGAUGGGAGCGAUAUGGCUGGAGAGCAGAUGGAAGAAUACACAGAGAGGACUUCUUUGAUGAGUGAUGCCAUCCAAGAGGGCAGACUGACCCUGAAGAUACACAACACCAGCAUUUCAGAUGAUGGGCAGUACCGAUGCCUUUUUGAAAAAGAUGGUGUCUAUCAGGAGGCCAGUGUGAAUCUGAAAGUGGUAGGUAUGGGCUCCUCCCCACUGGUCACCAUGAAGGAGGGAGGAAAGCAGCUGAAGUGCACUUCGGAUGGGUGGUUCCCCGAGCCCCAGGUGCAGUGGAUGGACCGAGAUGGAAAUAUGAUGCCAGCAUUCUCUGAGGCCCUGACACAAGGCAGCCACGGGCUGUUCCAUGUGGAGACGGUUUUACUGGUGGAAAACAACAUCAUUGUGAAUGUGUCUUGUUGCAUCAGCAACCCCCUUCUGGGCAAGGAGAAGAGGACUACUUUUUCUUCUCCAGACUCCAGGCUGUCUUUGUCGUGGCCCAUUCUGAUGAUUAUUGUGGUAUUGCUUCUUGCUGUGGCUGUAGGCCUGAGGAGGAGGAAGGACCAUGAGGACGUGAAUUUGAUACAAGAGCCAAAUAGAACAAACUUGCAAUGGAUUGAUUCUGAGAAAACCAAGGAUGCAGCCCACGGAUGUUCAUAUAGUCAAUACUCAACAGAGGGCCACCUACAUGCUCCCUACACAGGACCACAAGGAGGCGGAGGGUUGAAAGAAGAGACAAAGUGUCCUGAGUGUGGGAAAAGUACUAGCAGGUCAAUACUGGGUCACAGUGGGGUUAAACGAUAGCUUGCAAUGCUGGUAUCUCACAGGGGAUUACUGAUUGGAGUCCCGGAUGUUCCACUUCCAAUCCAGGCCCCUGCUGAUGCACCUGGAAAGGCAGAAGAUGAUGACCCAUGUGUUUGAUCCCUGCUAUCAUGUGGGAGAGCUGGAUGGAGUUCCAAAUUCCUGGAUUCAGUCUGGUCCAGCCCUGGCCACUGGGGU